UAUUGCGAUGACUUAUCUACAAUUUGUAAGAGACUGGGUGUGAGGGGAAACUAGAUAGCUCAACUCUUGCAUCUUUUGAACAAUAGAGGGAACUUUCCCUGUCGACACAAAAGUGAGACUUUUAUUUUGGCCUGGCCUGAUGAAAAGCAUGAACAGAUCAACACAGCAAGAAGUCCAUAAAGUCAUUUGCUGUAAAAUAAUGACCUCAUGUUAUAUGCGUCCAAUAAAGCAAACAGAGGACAUUUUUGUUCGAAGCACACGCAUUGAAAGAUUUUUAUGCACUCAUCGAGCAACCUACCCAGAUUUUACUCUACGAAAUGAUGACAUCUACCAUAACAAACAAGGGCGUACGUGUACACUCUGCGCAGUCAUUUCCACAGUCCGGGUUCAUUGUUCUCUGGAAACGGAAGGAAGCAGUGAAAUAACAUCCUCUACUGAAGGAUUCCGUCGCCGCGCAAAGUUUUUGGCCACUCGGUUCUGGUGAUCUUGCCCGAAUGACUGCGCAUCUUUUGAGAGCCUUUUCCCAAUUUCAAAAAAAGUCAAAAAAUUUUUUUUUACCUGGUGCCCACUGUAGGAUGGAGGUGUCCUGCCUUGAGCUGGCGCUGGAGGGCGAGCGCCUCUGCAAGUUGGGCGACUACAGAGCCGGCGUAUCCUUCUUCGAAGCCGCCAUCCAGGUGGGCACGGAGGACCUGCAGGUGCUCAGCGCCAUCUACAGCCAGCUGGGCAACGCCUACUUCCACUUGCACGACUACGCCAAGGCGCUGGAGUUCCACCGGCACGACCUCACCUUGACCAGGACCAUCGGGGAUCUGCUCGGCGAGGCCAAAGCCAGCGGGAAUCUCGGCAAUACACUGAAGGUGCUGGGGAGGUUCGAUGAGGCCAUGGUGUGCUGUCAGAGGCACUUGGAGAUAGCCACGGACAUCAGCGACAAGGUGGCUCAGGCGCGAGCUCUCUACAACUUUGGCAACGUGUAUCAUGCUCAAGGAAAAAGUAUUUGCUGGAGUGGAGCAGAGCCUGGAGAUUUCCCAGAAGACGUUAUGGUGGCGCUGAGGAAGGCCUCGGAAUAUUACGAGGCAAACCUGGUGCUCGUGCAGGAGCUUGGCGACCGGGCCGCCCAGGGUCGAACGUACGGCAACCUGGGUAACACUCACUACCUGCUGGGGAACUUUCGCAACGCCGUGGCGUCUCAUGAGCAGCGUCUCCUAAUAGCAAAGGAAUUUGGCGACCGCUCCGCGGAAAGACGCGCUUACUGCAACCUGGGCAACGCUUACAUCUUCCUCGGAGAGUUCGAAGUGGCCGCCGAGCAUUACAAGAGGACGCUGCAGCUGGCGAGGCAGCUGAAGGAUCGUGCGGUGGAGGCUCAGGCAUGCUACAGUUUGGGCAACACGUACACUCUGCUGCAGGACUACGAGAGAGCCAUCGACUACCACCUCAAACAUCUCAUCAUAGCCCAGGACCUCAAUGACCGGAUUGGCGAAGGUCGAGCGUGCUGGAGUCUGGGAAACGCCCACACCGCACUUGGUAACCACGACCAGGCCAUGCACUUUGCUGAGAAACACCUGGAGAUCUGCAGAGAGACCGGAGACAGGAGCGGCGAGCUGACGGCGCGUAUGAACGUGACGGAUCUGCAGACGGUCUUAGGCCUGAGCUACAGCACCAAUAACUCCACCCUGUCCGAGAACAUCGACGACAAGACGCGAGGGGCGAAGCCGAGGAUGAGCAGGAGGCACAGCAUGGAGAACCUGGAGCUGAUGCACCUCACGCCUGACAAGAUGAACGUUCAGAAGUGGAGCAGCGACAUCCUGAGCAAACAGAGCAAGCCCGCCCUCAUCAAGAGCUCCUCCAAGUUGUUCUUUGUUAACCGUCUGCGCGGGAAGAAGUUCAAAGCCGGCGGAGGUUCCAGUAAGGUCCUCCAGGAUGCCAGUAACACUCUGGACAGCGGCAAUGUGCCCCCGCACGGGGCACACAAGCGAUCCGGUCCUGACGUGCUCGGGGAUGAGGGCUUCUUUGACCUCCUCACUCGCUUCCAGAGCAACCGCAUGGACGAUCAGCGCUGCUCCGUUCGUGACAAAGGCGGCUGCCUUUUGUCGCUAAACGGCGGCUGCCACUCUCCGCCCGGGAUCAUCAGGAAAUCCGUUUCUGAUUCCGCCAAUGUGUCCGGUGCUCAAGGCCGGCGGAUCGAGGACUCCUCGGUCGCCGGCGGGAGCCUGCCGGGUCUCAGGCUCAACCAGAACACCAACCAGGCCGUGCUCAACCACCUGAUGGCCAAUGCGGACGACGCCGAGCCCGACGAAGACUUCUUCAACAUGCUGGUCAAGUGCCAGGGCUCCCGCUUGGACGACCAACGCUCCGCACCUCCUCCUCCUCCGGCGCGUGGUCCCACGGUACCGGAUGAGGAUUUCUUCAGCCUCAUCAUGCGCUCGCAGGCCAAAAGGAUGGACGAGCAGCGCGUCACGUUGCCCUCCGCCGCGGCAAAGACCAACGCUGCCUCCAACUGAACAAAGCACUUAAUUUCCCCAAGGGCCCCCCGGAAAGGUGGCGUUUGGAAUACCUUUCAAGUUCAAAAAAAGACCCAUCAGAAGCAUCAGCCAGUAUGUAGUCGACCGUGUGGAGGAACUCUCAACUCACCUUGCACAAGCGGUAUCAGGGACAAAAUGUUUUUCCAUCCUCGUUUUUCACUGCUACUGUGUCAUGAUUUCAUCUUUGUAUUACUUGUAACACACAAACGCAUUUCUAUUUUUAUGUGUUGUGCUUUUUAUGACUGUUGUGCUUCUGUUCGCUGUUCUGUUUUUCUGUCUCUCUACAUGGAUUUUGUUUUUCAAUUGCAGAUUGGCAAAAUAAUUUUUUCCAGUAAUGUCCAUCUCAAGAAUUAUGUGAAUUCAUGUGUACAGUGCUAAUCUUUUGUACUUAAUUUUAGAAGAGGUUGGAGCAAUUGCUCUCAUGGCGACUUUUGUUGUUAUUGACCCAUUGCAAUGAAACACAAUUACGCUUGAUUAAAAGACACUUUAAUGAACGUAA